AUGUUUGGUUGCAGCUUCCACGUGCUUGGAGAUGAAGAAGAACAGCGCAUCUCACACGCGCUCGCCAAUCAGCACCAGCAGCAGUAUGACGGCCAUCGCAACCGCCACCAUCGCAACCGCCGCCGCCAUCGUCACAGGCACCACCCGCGGACCCGUCCGUCCUUCGCCUCCAUGCACCCGGUCAUGGCCCAGGCCUUGAGCGGCAUGCGCGAGAUGUGGUCGCCAUGGCACCAACACCAGCAGGAUGAGGAGGACACGCGCGGUCACAAUGACGACACGGCGCUGCUGCUGUUGGAGGAGGACGUGGUGGCGGGACUCAUGCAGCCAGCCACGGAACAUCCCUUGGACAUGAUGACGAUGAUGACGAUGAUGAUGAUGACACCGCAACACCAGCAGCAGCCGUAUGUAGAGGCAGUGCACGGUGUGUGGUGCACAGACAGCGUUGAUGAUGGUGGACACGAGGCCGAUGAGGAAGACGAAGACGAUGACGGUGUCGACGUCCUCCUCCCAAUGGGACAGCGGCACCACCACAUGCAGCUGGGCGUGUAG